UAACGCACGCAGUCGACCCGGAGGCGAAAAGUUGCCGCUGCGACCGCGACCAGUUAAACGGGUGGUUUCCUGCCAACGCGAGUCAUCGAUCUGCUAGCAUGGAGGGCGGGAGCAGCCUCGACCAGCUCUUCCGCGAUGACAUUAAGCCUCGCGACCUGCCACCAUGCGACGUGGAGCACCUAGACGAAAUCCUGCUCGUGCUGAAGACGUCACAUCCAACGGUGCGCUCCAAGGUGCUUAAGGACCUUGCGGACAAGGAUGGCGCAUACAUUGUCAAGCUGCUAGAUCUGUUCGACGUGUGCGAGCUGGACGCUGACAAGACAGUGUUAUACCAGUUCUUCGACAUUUUCUACGCCAUGCUGGAAAUGUGCAAUCGCGGCGUGAUUGAGAUCUUACUGAGUGAGGCCAAUUUCAUCUCGGUAGUCGGCGUGUUUGGCUACAAUCCAGGGUUAAUCCGCGAGAUAGACUUCAGAACGGCUCUGGAAGGAGAUGGGGGCUUUAACGAGGUGAUCUCCAUCUCAGACCGGACUAUAGUGGAGCGAGUCCACAUGAACUUUCGUAUCCAGGUGAUCAAGGACAACGUCUUGUCACGCUCACUGCCGGAUGGCUGCGUGCUCUUACUGGAACACAUGGCCAACGAGAACAACUUCCACAUCCUUUCGUUCAUUUCCGAGACUGAAGACUACUGGAAGGCCAUUAAGGACCUUGUUACCAGCGAAGACAAAAGAUUGGAGGGUCUUGGACUACUGAAAGCGAUUAUCAGCUUGGCGCGAGUGACAAAGCCCGUGGACAGACCCCAGCGUCGCGAACCUUUCGGAGCCCCGCCAAUCUUUGCUUCGCUUAUUGACGAUCUGUUCGGAGAUGGCGAGCUUUACGUAGCUUUCUCUACCAUUUUGGGCUCCUGCGAUUCAAAAUUAGAGGAAGUCGCGUUAUCGGUGGACAUUCUGAACAUGCUAGUCGUCUACCGGGGUCCAGAUAUGCUACGAUCGUACCUUGCAGGUGAAGGGAAGUGCAUCCCUGCGCCGACAUCCGAUAAGGAACGGAUCAUGUGGACACCAGAUUCGUCUUUAUUCACUGCUUUGCUGGUCGUGUUUGAGCGGAACGAACCGACGCGUAUUCAACUGUUCAACUUGCUGCGGGAAAUCUUCAGGGUACCGCUUGGACAGGACGACAAGUUUUUGAGUGUGUUCUACCCAAACUACAUGCACUGGCUGCUGCAACCACUGAAGAACAACGCGUUUGUCCCCGAUGAGUCGGCCAUGUUCGAUCUGCAAGACAGUAUCAUGGAACUACUCACGUUCUGCACUGAAAACCACGGGUAUCGUGUAAAAUAUCUAUUCGGAAGGCAACCCGUUGCCACCUACGCCGAGAAGAUGUUGCGCUCCAAGAACAAGCUCUUCGUUAUUCCGUGCGCAGUACGAGCUGAAGCGUUCUUCUCAAGGUUUUUGAUUCAGAACGAUCUGUUUACUCCGAUGCUCGCCAAUCUGGAGAUCGGAAAACCGAACACGGGGGCUGUCGGCUCGGCGAUCUUGGAAGUCUUAUCGUUUAUUGGAAAGACAAACUUGACGUCGCUGGUCGAGCACAUCCACACGAAAUUCUACGAGACGUAUAAAGCUGAAUGCCCGCUGGUGUUCGAGGCUAUUCGCGCGCGCCAUGACGGAUACGCAGGGUCAGAGGAUGUAGACAUGAGUUCUACCGAUACGAACAAGCCCCAAUUUGUCCGAGCAGGCAGUAUCGACGACGAAGAGGAGAUGUACUUCGAAAAAGACACCGACACGACAGAAACUUCACCUGAGUUUACUAAGAACGGACUGUCAGAGGAGGAAGUUCUUUGUCAAAGUCGCCCACGGUCAGUAAAGUUGGUGGAUUACGAUGACGAUGAUGACGAAUCGUCAAGUGCAAAUAAAGAAGACGACUCGAUUGACUCGACGUCGACAGUAUCUCCACGCGGUGCUGAUAUCGACGGAGAGGAACGAGAACUUAAGCUUCCCGUGCGAAAGAAAAAAGAGAAUGAAGUGGAUACUCAAUCGUUCUUGGGGGGAAGUAACGUCCUCGCUCAAAAGAAAGCGCAGCAAUCAUCAAAGAACGCUCGAUCACCGCAGUUCAAGAACGUGUUCCAGAAGAUAUCAUGGAAGCUGGCAGCUCCCAACAGCAGCGAGAACGGGAGCAACUCUUCGACACAGCCAGCAACUGAGGUUAAUGGCAGCAAUGACGCGAACCACGAUGAUAGCAAUAGUAAUAGUGUAGGAAGCGACAGUGCCGAUGGCAGCGUGGAGUCAGCAGCGCUGGUCGCGGCCAAACGGAAGUUAGCACUGAAGGAAGCGGCAAACUCCGAGUCUCUGCUCAAGAAGGCGAAGACAUGUACUCCAAUCGGCUCCAGCUAGCGUGGCGCGAUAGUCCCAUCAACCUUGUACGAGUCAGUUAUAAUCCAGCAGCGCGAAAACAAUUAGCAACAGCAGCGUGGAAACAAAACCCGCGGAAGAUCAGCAUUGGCGCGCAGUCUUGUAUUGGUAGAGCCCGAUCGAUAACGCAUAAAAAAUGGCAACAUAGAGGGAUGAAAAAUCACGUGGAAGUGCAAGCUUUGACACUGAGCACUUAAGUGCAGCUGAGCGUGAAAGCAAAACCGGUCAAAUGAACGCUAAUUGCGAGGGAAGAG